CCAUGGCUGGGGGAGGGCAGACGGUGCUCUCGGCUGCUGAGCAGAGCAGGGGUGUCCCCUGCGAGACCACGGCAGUCCGGGACCCCCAGGGCAUAAGCUCUCUCAGCGCGCGGGACCCCGGCGACCGCGCACGCCGCCCCCGCUGGCCCGCGCCACGCUCCGCCCUGGACGCCGCUCGUCCCGGAGCGGGGGUGCGCGGGGGGUGGGAGCGGACCAGCUCAGCCUGAUUUACGGCUCUGCUGAAAACCGCUUCGCACCCGCAGCAGUAGAAACGUCGCGGCGGCAGCGGCAGCAGCAGCUGCAGGUGCAGCAACAAGUCGGGACUUUGAGAGUAAUGCAACAGAAGGCUUUUGAGGAAAGCAGAUACCCCUGGCAGGAGUCCUUUGAGAAUGUCGCUGUGUGCCUGCCAUUCCGCUGCCCGAGGUGUGGGGACCAUACCAGAUUUAGAAGCCUGUCCUCAUUGAGGGCCCAUCUGGAAUUCAGUCACAGCUACCAGGAAAGAACCCUCUUGACAAAAUGCAGCCUCUUUCCGUCCCUCAAAGACACAGACCUAGUCAGUUCCUCAGAACCCCUGAAACAGGGAAAAUUGCAGAGCUGUGGCAACAUAGUGAAGCAGAAACCGAGCUAUGUUAACUUGUGUAGCAUUUCACAUGAACACUGCAAGGACAGGAAGCCAUUCGAGGUGGUGGCAGAGAGGCCUGUGUCCUAUCUGCAGACCUACACUACGGUAGACCUACGUGCAGACUCGCUGGAUGGCCCGAGGUCCAGUCCUGGCCUUCCCACCUCAGACACCAAAGCAGCUUUCGAGGCACAUGUCAGAGAAAAAUUCAAUCGGAUGGUCGAGGCCGUGGACAGGACCAUUGAGAAGAGAAUCGAUAAACUCACCAAAGAGCUGGCCCAGAAAACGGCUGAACUGUUGGAAGUUCGGGCAGCUUUUGUGCAGCUGACUCAGAAGAAGCAGGAAGUGCAGAGACGAGAGCGGGCCCUGAAUAGACAGGUGGAUGUGGCCGUGGAGAUGAUCGCAGCGCUGAGGCAACGCCUGACGGAAUCCGAAGAGGAGCUUCUCAGGAAAGAAGAAGAAGUGGUUACAUUCAACCAUUUCCUGGAAGCAGCCGCUGAGAAGGAGGUUCAAGGGAAAGCUCGGCUCCAGGACUUUAUUGAGAACUUGCUGCACCGGGUAGAACUGGCGGAAAAGCAGUUGGAAUACUAUCACAGCCAGCAGGCAGCUGGCCUCCGCCGGGACACCAGUGAGCACGUGCUUACAGAUAUCUCCUCAAAUAGGAAAUCCAAAUGCCUAAGCCGAGGGCACCCACAUUUUGUGUGUAACCACCCUGAUCUCAAGACCCAUUUCCAUCCAAAGGGAAGGAGCUACCUGAAAAAAGCCAAGGAUGACAGAGCCAGCAUGCAGCCUGCUAAUAAGUCCAUGCACGAACAGGCCGAGUCCACAAGAGAACUCUGCAGACCAGCAAAGAAAGGGGAGCCUCUAGGAUUUACCCGGAAAGGCAACAUAAGGCCCAAAAUGGCCAAAAAAAAGCCAACAGCGAUUGUGAACAUCAUCUAAAAGGGUGGGUGGCUCUGGACAACCACCACUGGGCUUUGGGAAUGUUGUUCUAGGGGUCAGUAAUGUUCUUUUAGACACAAGCCAUCAUAAAACACAUUUAAUGUCCAUACAGGCACCUGGAUUAACCAGAAUUUAACAAAUGGAAAUCUCGGUGAACCAGAAUUUUUUACAAGUCCCUUUUGGAAGCAAGAGGCAAAUUACAGAAUUUUUUUAAAAUGCAAGCAGUCUUAUUCCAAACUUUUAGUAAAAUGAAGCUCCAACUUCUAAAACGAUUAGCCUGUCUCCAGCCGUUUCCACAUCUGGAGUUCUGUGCAGUGGUUAAUUCUCAGGCCCAAGGCCAAAGAAGAUGUCAGACACUGGAAAAAAAACUCAGCCUGUGCCCCCUGCUCUGUGAAUUGUGAGGCAAGGAAUGGGAAUGUAAAGUUCUGUUAAUAGUAGUGAAAUAAACAUUUUUGUUUGUUUUUAA